CCCAUGUACACACAACAUGUCGCCACAAAGGCCCCGUCUGCUUUCCCGACCCGAGAGUGCAUCGAGUUUUCAUCGCCGUUUCGUCAUCUCGGCUCAGUUGGAAUUUUGCUCUCGUCGCUAGACAAAGGUGAUUUUUCACGUAACUUAUCUGCGGAGAAAUGUGCAUGCAAUAUGUGUUCGUGCUUCUAAAUGUCCGUGAUAUGUGUUAUUGAAACGGUGUUCGCUCAUUAUAUGGAAUAGUUUGACGGUUGGGUUCUUCAACCGAAUACUUUAAACUGCUCAAACGAAAAUACCUUUAAAGAGGGCCCAAAAAAUCUAGCAAAAUUCGUUGUAUUUCAUAUUCAGCACAGCUGUUGAAAUUAUAUAAUGUUGAUGCAUUUGUGAAGCCCAUUCAUUCGUAAAAGUAGCAGUGAAUCCGAUUUUCUUUAGAAGAAAAUAGCUGCCGACUGUGUUGGCGUCGAUGUUUACUGCUAAAUGUAGCAAUUAGGACAACAUCUCCCGAGAAGGCCUGUAUUCUGUCGGCGUAUACAAUAGAUUUCCCAUCUUGUGGACGGCGGUUUGCAGCAGCGAUAGUAGAUGAUGGCGACAAUCAAUCUAACACCGGCAUUGUCAACCCGUCUCCGUUUGCCCGUGACAGUUUAAAUCCCCUCUUCGUGACCGGUGCGGAGCGGGUAGCAAGAAAGGGACUCACCGGCAGGAACCGCAAAAACCCAAGCACGGAUCCCACCACACUGCAGAGUACUGCAUUGCAACCGAGAAGGCGGCUGCUGUGGGACAGGGAUCCCUGUCGGAUCGAACGUUUUUUCAGCAAUCGGGGCUGCACCUGCGGCUGAGUGGAGUUUUAACGCAGUCUUCUCUUCCACCGCUCAUCUGGGCUCUGGUCAGGCAGCAUCAUUGGUACCCGGGGGCAAUAAUCAAUUAUUAUAAAACCGAUCCAUCCAUGGACGAACGGGGUCAUCCAGGGAACUGAGAACGACAGUUGCAGUAGCAGGAUAGCAUAAGCGAACCAGCUACAAUACAAAUCAUCCCUUGUUUAAGGAGUAAAGUAGAAGUUUGAUCAAUCAACUGUAGUGGCAUCUGCAGUGUCACAGUCAUCGAUGGUAAAGUUUUCUCCGUCGGACCUUGCUAGCUUAGAUAGAAAUGAGGGGUAUCUCAUUUCAAGCCGUAAUUAAUAAACUGUUAGAACUUUGUUCAACCAGGGCCACGGGCGUGUUUCCCAUUUACAUUCAAAUAGGGUAUGAAAAGGUGACUGUAGCAGGGCUGCUUGAUGGUUCUAAGCUUGCCGUGGGACGCUGGGAAAUUUCCAAACACUAACAAGGUGAUAUUUUUAUUCAUAGAAUGAUGAUGAGCUACGGAGGGACAUACAGAGAUCAAAGGCCGAAUCAUGUAAUAAAGAUUGAAGCAAAAAUUAGAGUAAACUAUGGUGCCAUAGCUAGGGGAACGGUUUAUGGUGCGUGCUUGAAAAAUAACGCUACAGGAGCAUAAGGAAAAAUAUUUAUUACACACACUGUACACACACAAAGACACACACGUAAACAAAACCUUAGAAACAAUCCAGAACCGAGCAAACCAUUUCCUGGUCCUUUUAUGGACGCUAGACUAGACAUUUCGCGGCUCGUAAAUGAAAUCACUGUGGGUAGCAGCGAGCACCGUGUGUCUUCGCCGAGUACCAGUGCCGUUCCAGGGCUUGACAUUUCCGCGGUACCGAUUAUCAUUGGUGGCACCAUCGAAACGGUAGCACCGUUCGCCCUGUUGACCCUAAAUCAAACGUUGAGCCACACCGUAGCCGGUGGUGGUGGUGGUGGUGUUGCUAUCGGUUCUGGUGGCUCGAAUGCCCUCAGUGUCGCAACAUUCGGCACGGCAACAACAGCUGACUCCAUCAUCGCGUCAACUUUAGCCGGGAAAGCACUUGAUCACGAGCCGGAGAUCGACACGAUCCGGAAGGUGAUCAUCUGUAUUGUUCUACUAGCUGUGAUAUUCGGUACCAUCGUAGGCAACAUUCUGGUCUGUGUUGCCGUUUGUCUGGUACGCAAGCUGCGAAGACCAUGCAAUUACCUACUAGUUUCGCUGGCAGUGUCCGACUUGUGCGUGGCUUGCCUAGUGAUGCCUCCCGCUCUCAUGUACGAAGUGCUAGGCGAGUGGAACUUCGGCAGAGUCUUCUGUGAUAUCUGGGUGUCAUUUGAUGUCCUCUCGUGUACGGCGUCGAUCCUGAACCUGUGUGCGAUAUCCGUCGAUCGAUACUGGGCCAUCACCAAGCCUCUGGAGUACGGUGUGAAGCGUACUCCUCGCAGGAUGAUGCUUUGCGUAGCACUCGUUUGGCUGGCAGCUGGCUGCAUUUCGCUGCCACCGCUGUUAAUCCUAGGCAAUAAGCACACGAUCGGCGAGGGUGACGACCAGCGACCGUUCUGCGCCGUUUGCGAAGAUGUAGGUUAUCAAAUUUACGCCACCCUUGGGUCGUUCUACAUUCCCCUGGCGGUGAUGCUUUUUGUAUACUAUCAGAUAUUCCGAGCCGCCCGAAGAAUAGUGAAAGACGAAAAGCGGGCCCAAACAAGACUGGAAAAUUCCCUCGCGGUGGACAAAAACCAAGCCAUGCUCAAACCGCCGGAACCGCUGACUUCCGCCGGUUCGCCCCACCAGAAGAAGCUUCGCUUUCAGCUAGCCAAAGAACGGAAGGCUUCCACCACACUAGGCAUCAUCAUGUCCGCCUUCACCAUCUGCUGGCUGCCAUUUUUCAUCCUAGCACUGGUCCGACCGCUGAUGGACGACGACUAUCCGACCCUGUCGUCCUUCUUCCUGUGGCUAGGAUACGCCAACUCGCUGCUGAAUCCAAUCAUCUAUGCAACGCUGAAUCGCGACUUCCGGAAACCGUUCCAGGAGAUACUGUACUUCCGCUGUUCCAAUCUGAACAUCCUAAUGCGGGAGGAUUUCUAUCACAGCCAGUACGGAGAGCCCGGCUCGCAGCGGUUCGUGCUGGACAACGAGGGCCAGCAAACGGCACGGGAGAGCUUUCUCUGAAAUGAUACAAUCAGUGCAUCGCAAUGCCAAUGCACCGUACACUGCGCACCGAGCGACCGACCGACGUGAGUGACCUGCACCUACUUACAGUUCCGUAUUAGCAGUAGUGUUAGUGGUAGUGUUAGUAGAAGUAGUAAUAGUUGUAGAAGCAGUAGUAGAGGAGGUAGUAGUUUUAGAAAAAAAAAGUAAUUUCUAAGAAAUGUGUGAAUGUUUUCUUUCUCACGGAUAUAGUACCAUUGCUGAAAACUGGUACGCCACCUACUUAUUUUACAGGACUUUAACCGGAGAAUAGCUGUGAACCAAAAUGGCUUAACAGUGGCCGUUUCUUCAGAAACAGAUAGCAGUAGGCGACUGCUGAAACAUUGAGUAGUGUAGCAUAAUGUUGAGAGCGAGAAUAGCGUUUGAAGCCGGUUGAUUAGUCGAUCCGUAUGGUCAGGCAGGAGAGGAGCAUUCCCGGAUACUAUGACUGAGAAAAAAGGCUCAUUAGUGUAUUACUGUUAGGAGAUAUUCGAAUAGAUGGUAAGGCGCGCACUCGUGAAAUUUAAAAAUAAUUAAAUAAUGUUA